AAACUUACAAAAGAUUAAAAAAAUUCAACGACUACUAUUUUUGUGGUUUCCAUUAAUUUCCUUCUGGUAAUAUAGAGAUAUCUGACGAUCAAAUCUUGUCAAAAAUGGCAGAAUCUAACAGAGAUCUUACUCUGGUCACGACCCUUUUGAUUUUGUUUCAACUAUGCAGCAUCGUAUCUUGCACCUUAAUCACCAGAAACAACACGAUACGAGACGGAGACACACUGAUCAGCGAGGAAGGAGUUUUCGAGCUUGGAUUCUUCAGCCCUAAAAAUUCAACCUUAAGGUAUGUCGGAAUCUGGUACAAGAACAUAGAACCUCGAACAGUUGUCUGGGUAGCUAAUCGAGAAACACCUUUGUCUGAUCACAACGGAGCUCUUAAGAUUGCUGAUGACGGGAACUUGGUGGUCGUCACCUGUAAAAACAACACCGUUUGGUCCACAAACGUGCACCCCAAGUUGAACAAUACUGUUGCUAUUCUGUUGGAAACAGGGGAUCUGGUUUUGUCUUCAGAUUCAGACAGGGACACGAGAUACUGGGAGAGCUUUAACAAUCCAACUGAUACUUUCUUGCCGGGUAUGAGGGUUAGAGUGAAUCCUUCAGUGGGAGAGAAUCGUGCUUUUGUCCCGUGGAAGUCCGAAACUGAUCCUUCAUCAGGAAGAUAUUCAAUGGGGAUUGAUCCCUUUGGGGCAAUAGAGAUUGUGAUUUGGGAAGGGGAAACGAGGAAAUGGCGAAGCGGACCGUGGAACUCAGCUAUCUUUACUGGUGUACCAGAUAUGUUUCGUUUCACCAAUUAUAUUCAUGGGUUUAAGCUCUCUUCUCCUCCUGAUAGAGAUGGUAGCGUGUUCCUCACGUAUGUUCCACCAAAUAAGGACGACUUACUGAGGUUUCGGAUCAGAUUUGAUGGCAUUGUAGAGCAGUUGAGAUGGAAUAGGGAUGCCAGGAACUGGAAUUCACUUCAAGUGAAACCGAGCAAGGAAUGCGAGAAGUAUAACCGUUGCGGUAACUACAGCGUAUGUAAUGAUAGUAAAGACUUUGAUUCUGGUAAAUGUAGUUGCAUUUAUGGGUUUGAGCCGGCUUAUCGAAAUCAAUGGAACAAUGGAAAUUUCUCGGGUGGCUGCAAAAUUAGAGUUCCAUUGAACUGUAGCCAGAGUCUGUUUGCACAUAAAGUAGACGGCUUUAAGGUACUUAAGGGUAUGAAGGUGCCUGAUUUUGGAACAGUUGUUUCACUUAACAACUCAGAGACUUGUAAGGAUGUAUGCCUGAGGGAUUGCUCGUGUAAGGCUUAUGAGGAUGUAACAGGGAUCGGAUGCAUGAUUUGGACCCGAGAUUUGAUCGAUAUGGAGAAUUUUGAGUACGGUGGAAACUCCAUUAACAUCCGGCUAGCUGCAUCUGAAAUAGGAGGCAAGAAGAAAAAUUUGAUAUUUUGGAUCAUUAUUUUUAGUAUUAUAGGUGCAUUCAUGCUCGGGUUGUGCUGCGUAUGCAUUUUGAUCUUAUGGAAGUUCAAGAAAAGAGUUAAAGAUUUCUUGUGGAAGAAGGAAGAUUAUACAGUUUUGGAUAUCGGAGAGAAAAGAGAUUACUCAGUUAAGUCCUCAAGCUCGCUGAACCAACUUCUAGUGGGGGAUCAAGUUGAUACACCGGAUUUGCCAACUUUCAGUUUCAACAGCAUAGUUUCGGCAACAGGAGAUUUCUCUGAAGAAAACAAGCUUGGACAAGGUGGAUUUGGUACUGUAUAUAAGGGAAACUUUUCAGGAGGACGAGAGAUGGCAGUGAAGAGGCUAUCAGGCAAAUCUAAGCAAGGACUAGAGGAAUUCAAGAAUGAGAUCUUACUAAUCGCGAAACUCCAGCAUCGGAAUCUCGUUAGAUUACUAGGAUGCUGCAUUGAAAAUGACGAGAAAAUUCUUCUCUAUGAAUACAUGCCAAAUAAUAGCUUGGACCGUUUCCUUUUUGAUGAGGGUAAACGGAUAAAUUUAGAGUGGCGAAAACGAUGGGAUAUCAUUGGAGGAAUCGCAAGAGGAUUGCUUUACUUGCAUAGAGACUCGAGACUAAAAAUCAUUCACCGUGACCUAAAAUCUAGCAAUAUCUUGCUGGACAAGGAAAUGAAACCUAAGAUCUCAGAUUUCGGUAUGGCUAGGAUCUUCAACUACCGACAAGAUCAGGCAAAUACUAUCCGAGUUGUCGGCACAUAUGGUUAUAUGGCUCCAGAGUAUGCAAUGGAAGGGAUGUUCUCAGAGAAAUCUGAUGUGUAUAGCUUUGGAGUGUUGAUACUUGAGAUUGUAAGUGGAAGCAAGAACGUCAGCUUUCGAGGGUCUGAACAUAGAAGUCUUAUCGGUUAUGCGUGGAAUUUAUGGAGCCAAGGAAAGACCAAAGAACUAAUAGAUCCAACGGUGAAGGAGAUUCGAGACGUAAACGAAGCGAUACGAUGCAUCCAUGUGGGGAUGUUGUGUACACAAGACUCGGUGACUUACAGACCAAACAUGGGUUCAGUUUUGUUGAUGUUGGAGAGUCAAACCUGUCACCUUCCACGACCAAGACAGCCUACCUUUCACUCUUUCUUGAACUUCGGCGAGAUCAUGGAAGGUCAGGAUGUUGCCACGGUCAACGAGAUUACUUUGACCACUGUUGUUGGAAGAUGACUAAUUUGACUAUAAAUUGUUCUUCCCCUUGCUCUUUGAGUUUUCAUUUUUUUUCUCUGGAAGUCUUUAGUUUUCAACUUUUUGUCUAUAAUAUUUCGUCUUGAUAAACAUUUUAUAGUACGUAUAUACUUGAAUUUAAACGCUGCCAAGCAAAAAAAAAAUCAAAAUGGGAUUUGUACACUAGUUUUUAUUUUGGGUCAGCAUACGUCAGCUAGCUAGACUCUAUGCUUCACGCUUAC